GCCACAACCCUGGAACCGUGACAUCAGCGAACAGUGCUUCAAGAAUUAAAAAACGAAGCGCUCGGCUCAACGAAAUGACGGUUGGCCAAAGGCGGGCUCGCGGAAGACGGGUGUGGAAUGAAUCGUGUUGUGGUCUCGUGUACAGCACCGCGUGACGGGGACGAGCAGCGCUUCUCUGAGCGACGUGACGCACAGACAUCAAGGCUGGUGAGGGGGACGAUGAUGAGCAGGAAAUUAAAGGAUGAAGGACACACGAGAACAAUGAGCAAGUUUAAGGACAGACGGAUGGACGGAUCGGAGUCUGAGAGGGACUCGGGCUUCUCAGACGCCAGCUCUGAGCAUCUGAGUGCAGUUGAUCAGACGGACACGGACGACACCUCGUGUUCUGUGGGGUCCGCAGGGGGCGGUUCUAGAUCUCAGCCGGCUGCUGUGGUGGGGGGCGGAGCUCUGCAGGGUCUGUCACCCAUGAUCAUCAUGAACAAUGUUCUUCUGAAACAGGCUGGAGAGAAUCCUGCUUCUUUAAAACCCUGGAGCUUCAGUCCAGCUGCCGAAGUGGUUCAGCAACCUCAGGUCAUCUUCCUCCAACCAAUGGUCCCCCAAACAACCGCUGCGGUGUCGAAAGGAGCUCCUUCGAAGCGUCGUCGACAUAAAAAGUACCUCCCCUUCCUCAAAGCCUACCCCAAAAUUGCCCCUCACCCAGGAGACAGUCCACAGACGGGGGGCAGCAGCAGCUCUGCUUCCUCUGUACAGAGUUCAUCUUCCUCUCAGUUGGAUUGCAGUCAAAAAGACCGUCAGCAGCCCAGCGCAUCCUCCAUCGGCCUGACCGCCACAACGUUGCCCAACUCUCCUCCUCCAUCUGGCCUUCCCCGCAACACUCCCGCUAGUUCAGAUGCUAACGGCGCCAGGCAAGCCAGCACGAGACCCCAAUCCACAGACGGCCGUCCUGACCCGUCUCCACAGACGCUGGCGGCCAAAUCACGGGACGUUUCCUCCAGCGUCAUGGACGACAAGUUAAAGCGAUUCUGCAACACCUACAAUAUUCUCAGUAAGUCGGGACUGUUGGACAUCACGCUGCGCACCAAAGACUUAAUUCGGCAGAAUCGACGGACGCAGACGGAGCUGGAGCGGCUGCGCGAGCACACAAACCUGUACAUGGAAGCUCUGCAGACGGGAGAUUCAGAAAUCUGGAGCAAACUUCAGAUGAGCGUGCAGGAGGAGAACAGAACCUCAUGAGGUCACGCGGAUGAGCCGCUGAGAGCACAAUGCACCGUCGUCAGAUUUUGAAGGUUUUAUCUGAAUGAAUGUACAAGAAACUCAAGUCAAAUGGAACAAGUUUCUGUUAAUAUCGCUUCAUAAAAUCAGAAAAGUAUCACAUGUGCAUCAGUCCUUCUGACAUUAUGUGUUGCCUUCGGAGAUAUCUUCUUAUGGCCGAAAUGUUAAACAGUAUCACGUGUGUUCUUAACAGAGCUGGCAAUCCCAGAAUGCACUGCAACAAGUUCAGUCAUCAACCAAUUCAGAAAGCACUAUUCAUAUUGGUGUUUAUUGUAGGGCUGUUGGUAGAAGAGCUGAUGCCUAUGUAGGGUUCCAGACUGGUCACUGGAUGGGGUAAUGUGUGUGUGUUAAUGGCAGACAGCCGGGCUGCUCACAGGGUUCAGGAACCGAGUUAAAAAGGUUUGGCUCAUGUUUUUAAAGCACAUGAUGCCGUAGCGUUUGAUCAUCCUGCUCCGUGAAUUCACCUUUUUUUAAUGGCAAUGAGAGGCUGACAUGUGUCCUGCCUGUCAGAGCAGACGCGAAACGCACUUAAACACCCGUGAUGCUGAUUUUCUGGAAAAUCUCGUGUAUGAAGAACAUCAGCUGCUCACAAAACAACAAAACACAGGUUCCUUACGCAUUCUUACUAGGGCUGUGCAAUUAAUCGAAAAUUAAUUGUAAUCGUCAAUUUUGGCCUUCAGCAAUUACAGAAACAAAAUAAUCGAGGUAAAAACGAUUAUUGUGCCACAUUCCAUUUUGAAAGGAUCCUCUCUUUUCUCGUGGUAUAAAUCCACAGCCCACCCCUUUCCUUACAGUGGUUCAGCUGUGCUAUUGCUUUACAUUUAUUUUUCAAUUGAAUUCACAGUUUAAAAGACAAGUUAUUUAUUUUCUAUGUUGUUUUAAACGUUAAUGAGUAAUCGUGUUAAAUAAUCAGGAUCUCAAUAUUGGCCAAAAUAAUCGUGAUUGUUUUUUGUCAUAAUCGAGCAGCCCUAAUUCUUACCAUGACGCAAAUGCCAAACACAUCACAUUGGAUGCAUUAAUGCAACAGCUGGUUUUCAGUGAUGAUUCCAUUAAAUCAUAUUUAUUUUGUUUUGAGUUAUAAAUGUGAUUAAAUGAUCAAAUAACGAUAUGAGCAUCAAUGAGGUAAUGGACGUGUGUCUGUGGCAGCUGUCUUUGUGCUCUAGAAUGAGAACCCGCUUCACUUUAUUCAUUCACACGCCUGAUUUGUUUGACAUCCGUGUUUCCUUGUAAUAUUUCAGCAGAAUGUGAUGUGAACUGAUCCAGCCACCUGUCACGUGGAGAUCAUCACUCUCUGUCCAAUCAGCUUCUGAAUGGUUUGAAUGAAGCCCCGCCCCACGAUUGGAUCUCUUGUUGAAUAUUGUGUCAUACACAAUAAAAACAUUAAAUGACGGACGGUCCAUUCAUCUGGACUUUAAGCAUUCGAGAUUUCCAAAAAAUAAUGCUUUGUAAAACGUGUUUUGUUCUAUAUAUUAUGUUUAUGGGACGGCCAAAAGACCAACACCAAACGUUUUGUUACCUGAGGAUUGAAUUAUUGUUUCAGAUUAUGCAUGUGAAGUUGAAAUGAAAAUAUUUGUGACAUGUUCACUGUACAAAAGGCUUUUUUGUUCUUCCGUCAUGUUUUUUUCCGUCAUGCAUCUAACAUCAGAUUAUUGUUAUUACCAAUGUUAAUCUAGAAAAGAAUGCAAUGAUGACUGCAGGUGUUUGUGUCAAUGCUUUGACGUGUCUCUUGUUGUCUCUUUGAUUCUGUCCGAAUCUUUUACUAUGAAUGGCCUUGCAUUCAUGACAGUUUAAUGUCUCUGUUGGCAUGAGGAAGAAACGAAAGCAUUAGAAACAUUUUAGAAACAUGUUUUUUUACUGUAGUAUUUCACAUGAAGCAGUGAUUUACUGCAGUAAAUAAGUUCAGGUUUCUGGUGGAUUUUAUCUUUUAAAUAACAUGAUGCUGUAGUUACUAUAAUGACAAAUUCUGUCAAAACCACUUCUGUCUCUUUAUUUUGUGUCCUUUUAAAGGGCUUCUGCCACAUUUCUUAUUCUGUAUUUCAAAAUAACCUGUGAUCUUAUACAGCAGCAUUUAUGUUUUUAUUUUGCUCUAUUUCUAUCUCGUCUUUUGUAUUAAGAAAUAAUAAUAUGCUGUUUUGUCUGUGAACAUUGUCGACAAAACAUUUACCCUCAGUAAUCCUAAACACUGUUUGAUAAAUUACAGACAGAUACAGAGAUGAUUUGCACAUACUUGUAAACAAAUGUAUAGCGUAUAGUAUAAUGCACUGCAAGUCGCUUUGGAUGAAAGUGUCUGCCAGAUGCAUAAAUGUAAAUGCAAGGAUUGUGUUAUAUCAUGUAUGAAGCUCUUAAAAUAUACCACCAUAUGACAUAUGACAGCUCAACACAAGAGAGCAGAUAUCAGAUCUAUACACAACCAAAGCUUUGACUAAACAUUCACCAUCAUGUUUAUAGUCAGAUUCUGGUUUGUUUCUUUUUUCUAUUAUUUCUCGCGUCUGUCUUCAUUUUGUUUACUUUUAGAUGUUUUCAUGUCAUAAAGUCAUUUAAAAUCUUAAUUGUGUUCACGUCUUUGUCAGCUCAAAUCUUGUGAUCUGUGAUUAUCUCAAUGAAAUCUAAAAGAUGAAUAAAAACAACAUAAUAAUCCA